UGGAUACCAAAGCAACUUUUUUAAAUAAUGGGCGUGGAUGUGCGCCACAGACUGGGGGGAAUGUCUCGUUUUGUAAAAUCAUAAAGGUCUGCAGAUGUGCCGUGGAAAAACUUGCCUCUCCAUCACUCUACUUCCGCGUCAAACAUGCGUUUAACACUCAACGUGUCCUGCUGAGCACAGCAACACUGAAGUAAAUGCCAUUUGCAUGGGUUUGCAUGUUUUCUACAUUAACCUCACAGAAACAUCAGCAGCAGACUGCAGAGAUCAUAUGGAGGGGGACCUGGACAUGGAUGGUGUUUCUCCAUCCCAACCUCAGCAUCAGCGGGGCUUGUGGAAAUCCUUCCACGGCAGACCCAAACUCGCCGGCAGCCCCAAACUGGGGAAAAAAGACCGAAAGCAAGAAAGCGGGUUUUGGAUAUUUAAAAAGAAACGACCGAAUGGUUUGGACCGAGCGAUAUCGUCCUCUCAGCCCAAUCUGCACAGCGCGGCAGCCGCUCCGGACGGUGGUGAGAGCGGGAGGACGCGCCGCGGCUUGCCCGAGAUGGGUGUCGGAAGGGCGGCCGCGGCAGCCGCGGCGCUCGGCGCGGAGAUCCAGAUGCUGAAAAGAACCAAACCCACGCUCGCCCAGCUGGUGCAGUCUCAACAUAAACCUUCUCUGCCUGGGUCCACAAGCACCGAUGAUGCUGUGACGAAUGACAACGAGGAAGAGAUCAGUAAAACUGUGGGCAUUAAUGCAGCUGGUAAAGGUGGAACACAGCCUUCACUGCCCGCUUCAGCAAUGUACCAGUUAGACAUCGUGCUGAAAAAAGGAAACAACCUUGCCAUUCGAGACAGAGGCGGAACAAGCGACCCAUAUGUGAAGUUCAAAAUAGCUGGAAAAGAAGUUUUCCGUAGCAAAAUCAUCCACAAGAACCUUAACCCAGUUUGGGACGAGCGUGUUUGUCUGAUAGUGGACAAUUUACAAGAGCCUCUGUAUAUUAAGGUGUUUGAUUAUGAUUUUGGCCUUCAAGAUGAUUUUAUGGGCUCAGCUUACCUGUACCUUCAUUCUCUGGAGCUCCAGAGACCUCUUGAUGUUCGGUUGGACCUUCAAGACCCUCACUGCCCUGAUCAGGACCUGGGCUCUCUGGAGCUGGCGGUCAAUCUAUUCCCAAGAUGUACAGAGGACAGAGAGGCCCUCCGACAGGCCACCGUGCUACUGAGAAGAAGCUGGAAGCAAUGCAGUAAGCAGCAGCAGAAUCUCCGGCUGUCAGACCUGCACAAGAAGUCUCAGCUGUGGAGGGGCAUCGUGAGCAUCAGGCUCAUCGAGGGUCGUAACCUCAUCCCCAUGGACCAGAACGGCCUGAGUGACCCCUACGUCAAGUUCAAACUAGGCCCUCAGAAGUACAAGAGCAAGACAAUUCCCAAGACCCUGAACCCCCAGUGGAGGGAGCAGUUCGACUUGCAUCUGUAUGACGAGGAGGGAGGCAUUCUGGACAUCUCCGUUUGGGAUAAAGACAUUGGACGGAGAGACGACUUCAUCGGCCAGUGUCAGCUGGACCUGUCCAGCUUGAGCAGAGAGAAGACACAUAAGCUGGAGCUGGAUCUGGAGGAGGAUAAAGGUACACUGGUGCUGCUGGUGACUCUGACCGCCACGGUCGCGGUCUCCAUCUCUGACCUGUCCGUCAACCUGCUGGACGACCCAGAGGAACGCCAGCAGAUCAUUAGGAGAUAUAGUCCAUUAAGGUCGUUCUUUAAGCUGAAGGAUGUCGGAGUCGUGCAGGUGAAGAUCCUGCGGGCCGAGGGGCUGAUGGCUGCUGAUGUCACAGGAAAGAGCGACCCGUUCUGCAUCGCGGAGCUGUGUAACGACCGUCUGCAAACACACACCGUCUACAAGACGCUGAACCCCGAGUGGAAUAAAGUCUUCACCUUUAACGUGAAAGACAUUCACUCGGUGCUGGAGAUCACGGUGUACGACGAGGACAGAGACCGCAGCGCUGACUUCCUGGGCAAAGUGGCCGUCCCGCUAUUAAACAUCCGCAACAGCGAACAGAAGGCCUACGUCUUAAAAAACAAGGAGCUGACAGGGCCAACAAAGGGGGUCAUCUUUCUCGAAGCAGACGUCAUCUUCAACGCCGUGAAAGCCAGCUUGCGGACGUUCGUUCCACCAGAGCAGAAGUACAUCGAAGAGGAGGCCAAAGUCUCCAAACAGAUGCUGCAGCAGAAUUUUAACCGAGUGAAGCGCUGCGUCCUCUUCCUCAUUACCGCGGGCUCCUACAUCAACAGCUGUUUUCAAUGGGAGUCCCCCCGUAGGACUUUAUGUGCUUUCUUGAUCUUUGUGGUGGCGGUGUGGAAUUUCGAGAUCUACAUGGUUCCAUUGUCUCUGCUGCUGCUGCUGACCUGGAAUUACUUCCUGCUGGCCUCGGGGAAGGAGUCGCGCGAGGGGAGCGUGCAAGCGAUGGAGGACCUUCUUGAGGAUGUGGAUGAAGACUAUGACAAAGAUGACAAGGACUCUGAGAAGAAGGGCUUCUUGGACAAAUUUUAUGCGGUUCAAGACGUGAUCAUAACGGUUCAAAACGCUCUGGAUGAAGUGGCCUGCUUUGGAGAACGAGUGAAGAACACGUUCAACUGGUCUGUGCCUUUUCUGAGCUGGUUAGCCAUAACGGUGCUAUGUGCUGGUGCCAUGCUAAUAUACUAUAUCCCACUACGAUACAUUGUGCUGGUCUGGGGUAUUAAUAAAUUCACCAAAAAACUUCGGGACCCAUACAUCAUCGAGAACAACGAGCUGCUGGACUUCCUGUCUAGAGUUCCAUCAGAUGUCCAGUUGGUUCAAUACAAAGAUCUCAAACCGGAGUCUUCUCAGAGUCCCAUCAGGAAAAGGAAGAACAACCCCGGAUAGAUCUGUGACAUUACAUUUCUAAAUCAACAGCAUCCGAAGCACUGUUCACGUACAAAACACUGUGAAUGCUGCAAAGAAUUUUAAAAAGGAGAUUGUUUUAAAAAGAAAGACAUAUUUCUAGCAUUAUUUAUGCAAACUUGCACAACUACAACAGCACAAAACUUAACUGUUCAUUAAAAUGUGCUUUUAAUUAUUUAUAUGUCCAUUUUUAUUCUGUGCCACUGAUUCACAAGAGAGAUUUAUGUAUAAAAAAAAAAUGCUGCAAACCGGAUUCAAACUUGUGUCGCUUACGUGAGCAACGUGGCUCAAAAAACAUGUGCCUAACACUUGGUCACGGCUCCAGCAGUCUGUUGAGACUAUGUAACAUGGUUUCUGGUGCAAAAAAACAGCCUGAUAAUGUUUCGCUUUCAUAGGCGUCUGCAUAAUUGAAUGUAAUAAAUGCAACUGGUCUGACCAUAGCGUUUUUUCUUGAAAAAAACACAGUGAACUUUGCACCUUUGAGGUCACUCUUCAGAUCAUUUUCCUUGGAUAAUUAUUUUUAUCCACAAGCACAUAUCUUAUGGAGAAACUGCAUGCUGUGCAUCUAAAUCGUAAGAAUGUAUGUGUGCAAAAAGUGACUGUAAAUGUACAGUGUGGAAUUUUUUUUAUGUUGUUCUUGACGCGUUUACCCAUGACAGAUGUCAUAUGCUAUGAUCACUGUUCAUAUGCUAUGAUGAAUGAUGAAAUGGUGUAUAAUUGCAGUGUUUGUACAUUGUGUUGCUUGUUAAUGAUUUGCCAGUAGUCUAUGAGCAUGUAACUGUUAAACGGAAAUAGUCAAGUUGGAGGAAUUAUCAGAUUUCCAGUUGACAACAUUUGUGAACAUUCAAAGAAAAAAAAAAUGGCAUGUUUAUACAGGGCUGAAACCGACCAAUGAAAACCUCUCUCUGUGAACUUUAUUUUCCAAAACUAUAAUAGACUUUUUUUUCUGAA